AAAUUUAUGUAGAUUUAUUUUUAAAAAUUAUGAAAAAAUUGCUAGCCACUAUUAUACCUUUUAAGUUCGAAGUAGCUUUUUAGCACAAUCUGCCCUCAGUACGGUAUGUUUACACUUUUAUUGCUUUUCUCUUCUGAUGUUGGCAGCACUGCAUGUGCUCAAUUCGCUCUUUGAGUUUUUGUUUUGUGCACAAUUUGACAUUUUGACAACUUCUAAUUGGAAUCAAGCCGUAUGUGAUGGAUUCUUCUUAAUGCAAUGGUGCAACAUAAAUGUACUCGUUGGGCUAUUGAUUUGGCUAGCUGGCAUCCAACACUACCGCAACUAGCACAAGCUGUCGCUGUCAUACAGUCUGAGGAAUGUGAGCGUUUAAUGAAAUUCGUAUUUCUUGAUGAUUUCCUCUCGUCACUAGUUGGACGCCUGUUAAUGCGAAAAUUCGUCAGUGCCCAUAGUGAUGUUGACUAUAAGGAUGUGCGAUUUGCACGUGAUGCACGUGGAAAGCCUUAUUGGUUACAAGCAGAAGAUAAAUGCCGCAAGCAACUCUCGUUCAAUGUAUCACACCAGGGGAAAUUUGUAUUGCUUGCAGGUAUUUCUAGCGAAACUGAAAUGGGAGCAGCAGAUGCAGCACCUACUACUAACACCACAUCAAAAGUGGGAGUUGGCGUUGAUGUUAUGAAAAUUGAAUAUAGUGGAGGGAAAAAUCUAGCUGACUUCUUUCGUAUAAUGAAGCGCAAAUUUUCUGACAGUGAAUGGCGCUACAUACGUCACCCACAGCAUAAUGAGGCCGACCAAGUAAAGGCGUUUAUGCGUCAUUGGUGCCUUAAAGAGGCGUAUGUUAAAGAACUUGGGGUGGGCAUAACUGUCGAUUUGCAAAAAAUCAGUUUCACUGUGGAUACUACGCGUGAUUUGGAUGUUGUGACAUCACCGUUAACCGGUACAACACUACGUUGCAAUGAUUUGCCCGAAAAUGAUUUUCACUUUGAAGAGCAUUUACUACAACCAAAGUAUUGUGCAGCAAUUGCAUUUAAAAAUUAUAAGCCAGAAUUUGGAAAAUUUGAAUUUCUAAAAAUUGAACAACUCUUGGUGGCGACGGAAAAAGCAUCAGACGUUGAAAUAGUUGAAUACUGUAGAAAAGCUUUAAAUAAAAGACGGAAGGCAUAGUUUAAGCUUGUGUUUAUACCACAAUUAAGUUUUAGGCAUAAACGUGUUGCAAUGUUGAUGUUUUUGAAUAAAAAUAUAUUUUUUAUAAUAAUUUAUUUUAAUAUGAAUUAUAUUAGCUGUUAAUUUUCUGAUUUAUUUGAUUUGGUGUUAGAACUUUUA